GCGCGUCCGCGUGCGUCGUCGCGAGAUGAACGACGAUGUUGCGGGCGUCGCCACAAACGACACACGACAUCAGCGUCCACCGAAGAUUAAAUUGCGGCUAAACAUUCCCGCGCGCGACGACGAUGACGAGAAAGGACGCGCUGGAACGACGAGGAAACGAACGACGACCACGACCACGACCACGACCACGACGUCGCGAGAAAACUCCAUGAGCAUGUCCAUGGGAGCGUCCAUGUCUUUGGGAGAGCACGGCGACGAACACGGCGACGAAGCGACGCAAGGGAUGUCGUUCCUCUCGCCUCCGACUGGACGCCAAAAAAGGCACACCCACAGCCCGGCGACGACACCGAUGUCGGUCGGAACGUCGCCAAGAAUAUCGUCGAAACGACCAAGAAUGAGUAAUGAUUGGAUUGAGGAUGAAGUGCACCCGUCGAUGGUCAUGGGGACGCCGGGGAGCGGUGGCACGGCAGCGAAGCGAUUGACAUCGGAGAUCAUGGCGAGCAACUUGUCGCAGCUCUUGAGCGUGUCGCCGAUGUCGACAAAUAACGAUGGUGGUACUGCGUGCGCAGUUGAUGAAUCAUGGACGUCGUCGAGCGCACCGAUGUCAUUUGGUGAAACCGUGAAGUCGUCAACGUCGCUGCUGAAGCGCACGCUGUCAGGGACGUACGGAGAUACCACGGGCAUGUUGAUGCUGACGGCACCCCAGCUCGCCAAGUCACCAACAGAAAGCAUGAUGGUGAGUCAUCACGGCGGCGGUGGUCUGCCUCCGUCAUCACCGUCGGAUCCUUCGCCAAUUCACGAUUUACGGAAAGCCGCACUCAUGCGUUCGAGAUUACUGAACGUUUCAUCCGCUUUGCCGCCGCGAGCGACGCCUUCAAGCACUCGAGGGAAUCACUUGCAGCGUGGGUUCGUGCAUGAACGUCCUCCGAUUCACAGUUUAGGCGUUGGUACGGUUGAUGUCGGUGACGAGACAGAGAGCGGAGAGAGGAACGUAGCUAAGUAG